AUGCCGUUCGAUUUCAAGGCCUAUGAUGCGAAAUGCAACGGCCUGACGCCCGAAGAGUUGCAGCGAGAAUGGGAGCAUUACACGCGCCUCAUCGCUGGCGCCUCCACCUCGACCGCCGUCUCCGGUAUCGCCGUCCCCUUCACUCUCGGAGUCUCUACUAUUGGCGUCGCAAUGGCCGCCCCUGCUAUUCAUAACGCACGCAAGAAACGCGAUAUUAUUGAGAAGCAUCUUCAGAAGCAUGGUGCCACGCACGUCACCCGCAAACGGGAUGUACUAGGGAGCAUGGCCGUUAGUGGCACUAUCGGUGUAGUGACGCUAGGAGUUGGAAGCAUGGGUGCCGACGCCGUAGCCAAUGCCGGAGCAGAACAUGGAAUUUCCGCCAUUGUCGAGAACGACACCGCGAUCAAAGUCGUCACCCACGCUGCCCUCGAUGGAGUGGGCAUGGGUAUUGAGCACACUCACACAAGCCAUCUAAAGAAGAAGGAUGCAUUCAAGGCUUUCCAGGCCGCCGGUGUUUUUCAGGCUGUUAAGGAUGCGAAGGCGGCCGAGGCCGGUUACUCGAUACAGCCUUAUAAUCCUCAGGAAUGGGCUGCUGGACAAAGCUCAGCCCAAGCUCUGCCGCCGCCGCAGUACUCUUACGGAAGCCCUCAGCCACCUCCAGUCUAUACUGCGAACCCUGCUUUUGCAUACGCUUCGGAUUCGAAGGCGCCGGUGGAUUAUGCACAAUACCAACAAGCCCAGCAACAGAUGGCCCCGGCUUACCCCGGACAACACACACCACAAGUGAGCGACCCGGCUCAGAGCCAGUAUUAUUACCAUGCUGGAGUCUCUACGGCUCAACCUCUUGGUUCCGUUCAAGGUCAGGUCCUUCCGCAAGAGGCGUAUCCGCAAUAUGAUGCUAGUAGUGCUGCCCAGCCAGCCGUGGGAUAUUCUCCAAACUUUCUACAGCAACAGACUGGCGGCCAGCCUUUGCCUCAGCAGUUUACCGGCUAUAGUAAUGCAACAGAACCUUCACAAGGUUCAUAUGAUAUGCGAGCUAUGGCACAAGCCCUUCCAGAGUCAAAUGCUGUUUCGGCCCCUGCUGUCGAGAACAGCAAGAGUCCCGAGUCUCAAACAAACGUAGCCGGAAUGUCGCAACAAGAGCAUCCAACGCAGCACACUCCACAAACGCCCACGCAGGUAUCUGAUCAAUCGCUUCCACAGGGUACUUCGUCUCAUAAUGCUAUAACCUCGGGUUCCCUCACCCAGCCGUUCCAAGGAGAUUACUAUAGUGUCACUGAUGAUAGCCAGCCUGUUGCCCAGCAAUCCAUGCCGCAAGAGUCGCAUGCUGAGGAGGGAGGCCAAAGUGAACACUCGCAUGCCGCAUUUCCAGCGGAAGAACCAAAUGCUGGUCAACAGCAGGCGAAUGGAAAACUGCCAGAACCUAGAACUUACCAACCCCCAGUCCAAUAUGGUUCAGUAACUGGGGCGGCCCGGAAGGACACAAACACGCCAUCUUCACAUGCCGAACAAGUUUCUCCAGCGUCUCAUCUGACUGAACAACAGACUGCACAGGAGAUAAACAACACCCAAGUGGAACAAACUAUGACAGCCACUACAAAUCAAACAGUCCAAGCACAGCGGCAAGACAGCUUCUCCCAACCACAGUCACAGCCAGCGCCUCAACCUAUCUCGCAUGAAUACCCAGCUCCCUAUAGCCAGUCAGGUUCCUCGUCUAUCACUGCUCCGGUUCAGUCGCCUGUGCAUGCUUCUCAGUCUGUUCCUACGUAUAAUCCUGCAGAUCCACACGGGGCACAGAUUCAUCAUCCGGGAGCAAACACCCAGCACCCUUCAGGGCAUCAAAUUGCGCGAAAGCCAGUGCAGCAGCCUUCACAAGGGCUGAGUUAUCAUCACGCUCAGGCGGCUCAGCAUUACCCCAAUCAACCAUCGCAUAAUCACAUCGCAGCUCCUCAACACCAAGCUCAAGUACUCUCGCCUCCUCCAUCACAGCCCACCUCAACUAAUACAAACGGAACACCCUUCCAAGCCGAUCCCACCCAUGUCUACCAACAGCAGGCACAUACACCCGCGCCUGGAUACACUUAUCCGCCUCCACCCACACAUCAGCCUACACAUCACUAUCAACCGAUGACCGUUCCCCCGCCUCCCUCACAUCCUCCACCGGUUUCAAACGUUCCCUAUGGCCAUGUACAUCAACAGCAGGCAACAACUGAGCCACAAUAUGCACCGGUCCCAAUCCCACCAGCGUAUAACAAUACAUCGAACCACACAGGGCAUCAACAGUACUCGCCUGCACCGGUGCAACAAUACCAGACUGCGCCCCAAAUGUAUCAUACACAGCCACAAGCACAACAACAAACGCAGCAAUAUGUCGCUAACCCGCUGCCGACCCCAGUGUCUCCGCCUUACGCAACUCACACAGCGGCUCAUGGACACCCGGGUUAUUUCCCUGCGUCUGCUACUGCCCAAUAUCAGCCUAGUCAUGAAGCACAGAAAUGGAAUGGACAGUCACAAGUACAUGGCCAGUACACGCCUGCUGCAACCCCGGGCACCCCAUACGCACCUCAGGCUCCGCAUGCCUACACCCAGCAUCAGCAGCAGUAUGGCAGUGGGACUGUGACGGGAUUUCCUCCACCGAUUCAAACAGUCCCGGGCUAUGGAUCAAGCUAG